CAGGCAGCAAAAAGGGACAAAGUGUGCUAAGAAAGAAGAAAUAAACAAUGCUUUAUUUACAUAGAAUGUUUUACCAUCACAUGCACGCAUGAACAACAGUAGCUUCCACGUGCUAUAGUUUAAAUGUGAUGAUUGUAAUCUAGGACGGACCUACGACCACAUCGAUUUCCUGCUCACGUGAUCAGAUCGGCGGCUGUGGACGUCUGCAAAAUGGAGGACCGUGAAGCUAAAGAGCCCGAGCAGCUCAGAAAGCUGUUUAUUGGAGGUCUGAGCUUUGAAACCACCGAGGAGAGUUUACGGGCCCAUUUCGAACAAUGGGGGAUUCUCACGGACUGCGUUGUGAUGAGGGACCCCAACAGCAAGCGAUCAAGAGGGUUUGGCUUUGUGACAUAUGCAGCAGUAGAGGAAGUGGACGAAGCCAUGAAAGCAAGGCCCCAUAAAGUAGAUGGCCGGGUUGUAGAACCCAAGAGGGCCGUGUCCAGAGAGGACUCCAACAAACCAGGAGCCCAUCUGACAGUGAAAAAGAUCUUUGUCGGUGGUAUCAAGGAGGACACGGAGGAGUUUCACAUUCGGGAGCAUUUUGAGAAAUAUGGAAAGAUUGAAUGCAUUGACAUCAUGGAGGAACGCUCCACUGGCAAGAAGAGAGGAUUCUGCUUUGUCUCCUUUGAAGACCACGACACUGUAGACAAAAUUGUUGCCCAGAAAUUCCACACAAUCAACUUCCACAAUUGUGAGGUCAGAAAAGCGCUCUCAAAACAGGAAAUGAGUGCUAUGUCCACUGACAGGGGCAGGAGUGGAGGAUCUGGAAACUUCAUGGGGAGAGGAAGUAAUUUUGGAGGUGGCGGUGGCGGCAACUUCGGUCGAGGUGACUAUGGUGGAGGGCGAGGUGGUUAUGGAGAUGAUUUUGACAAUGGUCCAGGAGGAAAUUAUGGUGGAGGACCAGGUUAUGGAGGGGGCCGAGGGGGCUAUGGAGGUGGUGGUCCAGGGUACGGCAACCAGGGUGGUGGAUUUGGUGGCAGCUGUGAUGGAGGUUACGGAGGCAAUGACGGAGGAUAUGGAGGAGGUGGAAAUUACAAUGACUUUGGAAAUUAUAGUGGACAACAGUCCAACUAUGGACCCAUGAAGGGAAACAACUAUGGUGGCAGAAACUCGGGUGGAGGAGGACCCUAUGGCGGUGGCUAUGGCUCUGGUGGCAGCGGCGGCGGCGGUGGAGGUGGCGGCUAUGGCUCACGGCGAUAUUAAUUAUUUCAUGUUUUGAUGUGGAAAGAGGCAUUCUCUUCUUGCUGAAAAUCUGUAGAGACCUGAUAACAUGGAAGGUUCUGGAUGGGUAAGACUUUUUCAAAAUAUUAUCCAAGGCUGAUCAUAUUGUAAUCUUACAGUGCACAUGGUGAUUAUACGAGGUGCAAGGGUUCUUUUAAGGUAAGCCAAGCAGGAUGACAUCCAGUAUUACUUUGACCAGAAUGAGCCUGAGACCUUCAACACACUGACUGGAAUACCUUGAAAGCAAAAUAUGUUUCCAUGUCAGAGAGUCUUGAUAAAGUUGACAGUGAUGAAACACAGAGGUGGAAAGAAAUUGCCAUGCUCUGAAACAGUGAAACAGUAUUUACACCCAGUGGCUGCUUCAUUAGGCACACCAAUACAAUGUAUUACAAUUUAAUACAGCAGGUAUGCCAGAAAUUUCUGCCGUUGACUCAAUUCAAAGUUGAGUUAUUUAUUUAUUUUUACAUUGUUAGAGGUGUGUAUAUUCAAUUACAUGUUUAUUACUGAGUUAAUAGUUAAUAGUGGUGUUGUAACGGACAAUAUUAUAUUGAGACGUGCUUUUGUGUGGUGCGUUUUUGUCCUCCGUAUUACAUACACUGAAGGCUGCCGUAGUCCAGUAACACAACUACUAACUAUAACCUCAGUGUUAAAACAUAAGUUAAAUAACCACUUUAUGACAGUUUUAAAAAAGAACAUUAUAAGCUUCAUAAAAGUAGAUUUAAUGGCACAACAGUUGUAUCGGAUUGCAUUAGAUUGUAUAUAGGUACCUAAUAAAGUGGUCACUGAGUUUAUAUACGAAUGUCAAGCCAUCACUUGUGUCGCACAGUGUUGAUAUGUAUGCAAAUAAGGUCCUUGUCAGUCUAGUGCAAAUAAGCAAAACAAUGUCAUAAUAUGCAAGUAACUUUCAUAGAGCAGCAAUUGGAGGUGAUAUAAGUAUAAUGUAAAAAUUAGUGUUAAUAUGCACUUUUAUAAUGCAACAUGAAACCUCAACAUAAUCUCCCCAAAGAAAGAAACAAAAUAUAUGUAUUUACUUGAAAGGCAGUCGCAUGAACAUAUGGAAACCGUAUCAAAGAGAGGUGCUGUGAUCACAACUUGAAACUAACCAACAGUGGUAUGACAAACACAAUAUAUGUAGAGUAUUUAGUAUAUGAGUAUUUAGUUGGCACUCUGUCCAAGAAGUGUAAGCAUAGAUGACUUUUCAAAAGCUAAACAUUUUCCAUUAAGUGCAGACAUUCUGUCCAACGCAUCCAUUCAAAAUAUGUUGAACAAUAAUAACUCCAGACUCUACUGUUUGUAAUUCCUGUUCUUGAAGAUGUGCCAGUUUUACAGGAAGUGAUUCAACAUGGUAAAUUUAAACAUGCAUUCCCAAUUACACAUCUUAAUAAAAGAAUACAUUUACAUUUUGGAUAAUGUAACAUCUUUGAGAUUGAUGCACAUCUAACAUUCGUUUUAAACUUACGUAUGUCCGUGGCAAACAUGUCGCACUCUGUCAGUGGUUGUAAAAUGACCCCCAUGAAAAAACCGAAAUAAUCCUUGAUUACCUUCUGUAAACUCUAUUGCAUUUGAAAGUAUUCAUAUUCAUGUUAGGGUUCAACACAGGUCAGGCCUACUCAGUCGGAAAAAUGGAGAAACAAUGCCAGCCGAUAUGUUUCUCAAUCGGUUGAAGGAUAGUGUUUCUGCAGGGGAAUGUAGAACGACCGACUCUAUUACACAGAAUAAAGUGGUGCAAAAACACACCAGUGUCAAUAAACGAUGUUUGCCAAACAGUAAGAUAUGUUCAGUGUUUCUUGUGCUCUUAAAUAAAGAUAUUUUCCAUGACUUGGACUGUUUUAUUUCUGAAACAAUAUACAGAGCUGUAAAUAUUUGUAUUUAUUUUUGUAAAAUAUAACUGUUCUUAAUGUGUAUUUGAUUCCAUGAGUCUCUCGCCAGUUUAGUUCGCCACACACACCCUCUGACAGUUUGUCGUGAGAGCAGAAAAUGGGCUUGGUGUUCAAAGGUAGUGUUUGUGUGGGGAAAGUGCACGGAGAGCAUAUACUGAUUGCGUGGCGCUUCACCUUUGUAUAUGCUUGUCCGGUUUGGACCAUUGUCAAGUUGUCAUGCAUGGUUUCCCACUGAGCAUACUUACUGUAGCUCGACAAUUGUACUCUUUGUUGUGUGACAUAAUGAAUGCACUGGGUGUGAUUUCUUUUUCGAAGGGAGUUAUGCCGUAUUAAAAGAUUUAGGUUACUGUACAAACAAGCUUGCGCAAAUAAAGCAAGCAGAUUGUAAAAGUGGUUUAAGGCUUUUGUUUCGGUACGGUAUUUCUUUUCUUUACUUCUUUGUAAGCCCUUUAGUAGAGCCUUCAUGUCAAGAACUGACUUGAACACGUGGUAAGUUAUGUAAUGGUGCCUUUGACUAUACUGUACAUCCAUCUGGCAUCAAUCUGUUGCGGGCCAGAGUACUACACACAAUGUUCUUUCAGUAAAUAAGAGGCCGUAUAGCUGUAGGAAUACUUUAUUGAAAAGCACAGAAGUCAGGAUUUUAUAAAAGAGCUUGGGCAGCAAAUCAUACAGGGACAGUUAUAAAAUAUGAGGAACAAUGAUUGAAACAAUCAGAAAUAUGAUAUAUACAAUAUAUACACACAUACAGUAAUCUCAUAAGAAAGUAAUGUUUAUAUUUACAAACAAUAUCGGUUAAAGAAUCUGAGUACAAAAGAACUAAAAUAUCAAAAAUAUUCCAACAUUCAAGAGAAGUGCGCAAAAACUAUACAAUAGUUCUGCAGAGCUACUAAUGCUUUAAAGCUGAACAACUAGAAAGUUAUUGCAUAGUAUUACUAUGAUAAUGCAGUACCAUAUUACAAGGGAGAUAGGAGGUUGUCCUCGCUCUUGAAAGUCUUUUUGAUGCGAGGAACUAGAAAGACACUGCCGUCCGUCGACUGCUGGAGGGAGUAGUCGGAGGGGGAGUAGGAGUUCCCCUUCUCGUCCCUCAACAUGCUGAAGACCUCCAGGUACAAGCUGUUGAGUUCCUUCUUCAUUUCCUUCAGGUUUGUGAUGUUCUGGCUCUUCUCGCUCAGCAGACGGUCCUUGUCAUCCUUCAGCGAGUCCAGGUUGCUCUCGAGACCCACUAUGUUCUCCAUCUUGCGUUUGCGGCAGUUCUGGGCAGCCACCUUGUUCUUGCCGCGGCGGCGUAUGUCUCUGACCAGGGCCAGCUGGGCCUCGUUCAGUUGGUGCUUCGACAUCAUCUCGUUGAAGUCGUCAACAGGCAGAUUGAUAAUCAUGUCAACGGUGAACGGGAUUUUGAGGGCCUUGGCCCUCUGCUCGUCUCUGGAGAGACGCUUUUCCGAGCGUUUCUUCUGCUUGUCUUUGGUGAAGGGGGUGCUGUUGUGGCCGUUCUCCUCUGCCGGGUCGGUCUUGUAUUGUUUGGGAUUCUUUUCCUGCUGCUGCUGUGGCUGCCCUGUCGCUGCAGAUAUAUAAAUUGCCGACUGAAUAUGAUCAGGUUGGAAAUUUAGUGAGAACAUGUCAGUGUAGUCAGAUUCAACACUGCCGGGGUUGUUGUCCAUCUCCUCCAUGUCUGAAUCGCUGUAACCAAAGGACUCGUCUCCAUGCAAAGACUUCCCAGGUGAACUAGCGGUUGGGCUCGUGUUUGAAGAGAUUCCUGAAUCUGAGUCUGGCAUUUCUGCCAUCAGAUUAUGUUUUCCUCUGUCAAACGCAUCUCCAGACGAGAGGCUGUAAAGGUCCACUGGUGUGAAGGGAAGCUUGUUUGGGAUAUCAGACACGGCGUUACUUCCAUUUCCUUCAAGGCCACUGCUUUCUUCCAGAACGGCGUUGGGGUAAAACAUGUCGCAGAAACUUUCUGCGGUGAAGUUAGCGUUUAACUGAGGAGCUUUCUCCUUCAUCUGGCUGGGAUUGUCUGGUGGGACCAUGCUGGGAACAGAGCCAUCGAAUGUAUUCAUAAACGGUGCAGGACAAACAUCUAAAGUGCUUGUUUCCCCGUCUGUGUGAUUCAUGGGGUAAAAGGUGUAGUUUGGAUUCUGCACUUCAGGGCUGUUUGGAAGAGGAUAAGUUGUGGUCUCCAGUGUGUCUUCCAUUUGCAUGCUCAGGCAUUCCUAGAAGAAAAAGAUAAAGAACCAUUAAAGUGAACACAAUGAACAUAUUACAGUACAAGUUUAGUUUAAAAUCCAAGAUGAGAGUGAUGCUGUGGGUGCAUGUAUAUUUAUGUGCUCAUACAUACACCUUCAGUUUCUUCAAAAACAUGGUCUGUGUCACAUUGUGAUGACUGACUCAUCGACAUACUUACUUAUCUAUUAUUAUCUAAACCACAAGGUUUCAUUCCUGGAGCUUUUAGUAAUGUGUUUGUUCAAGUGACUAUUUCACAGACAAUGCUGGUAGAGCUGGGUGCAGCACAAGACCAAAUAAAUAUCUAGUUGUUGAAAUAGAUCAGAAAUCACCAAUACCAAUCUCCCAGCUUGCAGUUGCUGAAAAGUUAAGCGACCACAUAAUCUUUACAAAGCAGCUAACAAGAACCUCCUUUUUUUUUUCUUUUUUUUUUUUUUACAAUUUAAAGUCUUAUCAGCAGCUAACUAAUGCAACGCUAUGUAAGCUGUAAGGUUAGGACUGUAGUCCAGCCCACAGUGAGAGGUCAAGGCAACAAAAGCACACGGCUCCACCCAUUAGCUAAUGCAAAUACGAGCUGCCUCAAAACAAAACCAAGAAGGCAGCUACUGAGAAACUACUGUGCACAAAUCUUAACAUUGAUGCCAGAAAGUAGAGGUUUUACUGCAACACCCUCUCUGACCAAGACGUCUGCUCGAUGAUUAUAGAUACUGCAUCGCCUCUUGGAACACCCACCUGUCUAAAAAGUCUCAGAAAUGUAAGCUAACCACAGUGGAAUGGGCCAGUUGCACCUGUCUCACAUGUAUGAGACCCCAUUCUCACAGAGCAACAAAAAGGUGUUUGUCCUCUAAUGCCGGGCUCCUGCCCCAUUGAUGCAUUUUUUGAGUAAAACACCAAGCCAUUGAUGUGGUAGAAUCCGUGUAUUAUACCUGCAGCUCAGGGAGGGACAAAAGCUCCAUCCAGGCCUGCUCCAAAUCUGGGGACAUCCUCUGUGGUGGUGGUGAUGGUGGUAGUGGACCUGGGGAGAGGGUGACUGGCGGCAGAGACGGCUGCUCGGGGGACAUCAUGGGUGCUGAAACAGCAGUUGUGUCCAGGCAAACGGAGGUGUUCUGUCAGACAAACACAAGAAUAUGACAGUUUUACACAAGAAUAAGACAGUUGUUGAAGGCUGCCAGCUAUGUGUAAUUCAAUGUUAUUACCUCAGCUUCCUCUACAGGAAAUGUCUCAGCCAGUAGCUGCAGACAUUCGUCAAAUGACAUGGCAUCAUCGUUCUCUUCUGUGAAGCUGACAUCCUGCAAGAAAGGUUCAAAUACAUGUUAGACUUUACCAUCUUUCGUCCUUUGUGGCACACCAUCUUUUAAAAACAGCGAAUACAUUUAUAUUUAUAGAACUUAUGUCUCUGUAGAGUAGCUCCUAGAGCAGGAUACGCCGAUGCAAAACUACAGAGCCACCUGUGUUUCAGUAAUUACACAGGACGAGUGGUUACCUAGCUACGACACAGCCGCAGCCUAUCAAAAGAAGUGGGAGUGGUCCACCUCUGACAUGAGUAAUGACGGCCGCGUGCAGUACCUGUGUAACCUCUAGAGGUGUGACGACCGACUGCAGUGGGGUGCUGGGUGGCAGGCGGGGCAUGUACUCUCCCGUUUCCUCGUCGAGCUGUAGCUGUGCCAGCAGGGCCUUCUCCUGCUCCCGGUCCAGAUGCUGCCUCUUCUCUUCCUCUAGCUCCCGCUGCCUCCGCAGCUCGUGUUCUUUCUGACGGUGGUUGUAGUCAAACACCUCACGCCUGGCGCCGAGAUCAAUGUCCUGCUUCCACAAGAUGUCGAUCAGAUCCAUGUCCUAGAAAAAGAGAGCCGCAAAUCAGUUUGGUGAGUUGUGAGCCAUGCUGUGCUGCAGCGAGACCGUGAGCAGCACUGGAGUAAGGAAGAGAGCGCCCCGCUGUGAAGCGUGGCUGCUGCACCUGCCACACCCUGUCCCUCAGUAUCCAUUCACUGACAACAGCACUGGCACUAAAGUCGAGAGGGAGAAGCCUCAUGAAUAAUAGAUGCACUUCUCUCUUUCUCCUGCCGCCACACGCCAGCAGAAGUCACGUAUCCUCACUUGAUACUCUUUCCAAGGGAAGCGAUCAUUACCCAUCUCAUUACAUCGAGGUGUGAAUUCAUGGGUCUCGUUCAAACUCACAAAGAGGGCACAAUCUCAGUCAAGUUUUUGCACAAGUGACCUCAUGAUUAGUUCUCUAAAUAAGUUCAAUCACAAACAUUCAUGUCAUAUUGAAUCAGGAAGUUAAAGGUUAAAGUAUCUGUUGUUGUUUUUAAGCAAGGGAAUAUUAUUAUGCAGUGUUUCUCCUUUGUUCCACAUCCUCUUUAUAGAACCACGGUUCUGGGAAAUGUGUUCUUUAUUGUUUUCAAAUGACAACACAGUAAUAUUCCUUUAGGGAGGUACAAACAAACACAAUACCGGAUAAAAGGCCGUAGAUCUGUUGCUGGGUACAGACCUCGUUUCCUUGUUUUCCUUCCUGCGACAGUAUCUUCACGUAAACAACCACAACUAUGGAUACCUGACCUCAGCGUAUUCUGUCACAACACUGCACACAUUAUUCUGUCCUACAUUUAGUAUAUUGAGUUCUUAUUAAGCUGCUGACAAUACAGAACGUUAGACACAGCCUUUCCUGUAGAUUUCCACUACACUGGUCUGAAUGUUUUUGCCUUUUUUAAACAAGAAUGAGCAAAGAUAAACUCUGCUGCUCUCUUCCUUGGCUAUUUUACACAGAAAGUGUUUACAGAAGGAAACCAUUUCUCAAGGCUCAGGGAUGUUGCAUAAACCCAAGACACUGGUUCACAAGAACAUGUCUGAGCAUGUGACUUGUGUGUUUGUUCCUCAAAUUUGUGUGUAAACUGAACUUAUGGGAAAGGCACUUUAAUGCUUGUAAUCAAGAUGGCCAGACAGACAUAGCUAGGGGGAAGCAAAGAAGGACCUGAAGGGAAAUAAAGCACAAAGCAGAAUAAUACACAAUAAAGAGGAUGUGGAACAAAGGAGAAACACUGCAUAAUAAUAUUCCCUUCUUUUGAUUUUUUUAUAUUCAAAGGAAAUGGAGUAUGUGGUAAAUCUUCAUGAACUCACAACAAUAGCAAACAAGCAUCUAAAUAUAUUCCCAAAACCUUGUUGACACCGUUUUUCUGACUACAGUUGUAGCACUGAAAAAUAAGAACCCACUAACCAUCUUUGACUCAAUGUUGCAUCAGACGCAUGACCGCUGAAGGACGACACGUCAGUCAGGCUGCCUGCUAUAACGGAGUGAGGGGUGAGCAGCACACAACCAGCCAUUAUGGCUUCUGAAGGAAUGAGGAACUAGCCUAAAGUGUCUAAGUGGGACAUCUGGUCAUCCAUGUUUUCCAAACUAAUAAACCACAUUCAUGUCUGUUUGUCACACACUACAAACUCAUCUGACAAGUCAAGCAGGUUCCUUGUAGAACAAUGUAAUGGCUGUCGGUUAUACAGGGAAGUUCAAUAAGCACUUUCACUGUCACUGAUUAAUUUAGCAUUUACAUAUUGAAUAACCAAACUCGCUGGUUUUGUAGUCCGAUUGAUGCCAAAUCGACUGUGUAAAUGUAUAAGGUCUGUAAGAUCAGGUUAUCUGCUUGGUAUCAACAACAUGGCUAUCGCUGUCACAAGACCUGAAUUGGCACCAGAACAAGGAAACUGGCUCAUACAAUUUCCCGGACCUCUCUGCCACACAAUACACAGCUAUGCCAGACAAACAACAGGCCUUUAGUUUAAAAUAAUGACUCAACAUAGAGAUCAGACACCAGACAAAUUAUAACACACAUAUUAAACAACACAUAUAGACACACUUUGAAAACAAACAGAGCUAAGAGCUAGUGGCCCCUCUGGCUAUCAGACUGGUUGACAGAGGAGCGAUACAAAGUGUUCAUGCUGUGGGUUGCUCAUUUACCCUUCUUCAUCUUAAACAAGGGCCUCAAAGGGGACCUGACUCCAGUGGUUUAUUACAGCUUCUUUCCCCUCAACUCGGUGGACAUCCACCCUUAACCGAGGAUGAUGAAACACAGCAGCACAUGUUCCAGAGCAGCCCUUUUGACCCUCAUCAGUCAACCGUGGGCUUCCACUGACCCUUCACUUAUGACAGAUUUAACCAAACACUUAAGAUGUAUCACAUGAGAAAUAAUCCCAUAUUCAAACAUCUUAUUCAGUGUGUACGACCAAUAACAAGUAGCCUAUAGUUGUGGUUCUUUAACAUGUCAAAAUACAUUGAAAAAAAAACAAACAA